AGGUGGAAUGCGGAGAAAAUUCAUUCGAUGUGUUUGCGAGAGUACAAAACAACUUGAUAAUAAAAAAUCUAAAUUUUUUGAGCGAUAUGAAAAGCGGGACUCACUACAAAGAUAAUAGGACAAGAGUGCGCCAAUUUCUACUGGUAUGUGCGUGCGCAUUCGUUUAUGCGCGAUCAUAAAAGAUCACUGAGAAAUUGCGAGCGCCGCGCCGAUAAAAGCCAGAUGGGGAUUGUGCAGCUGUAUUUAAUGAGUGGUCAUGAAUUAAUGGAUGUGAUAUUUUACCUCUUAUCAUUUAAUUAUCACUUUUAAUCUCAACAAUUUGUGACAAUUUCUGUCAGUUAUACAUACAGCUUUGUUAUCGUACUCUAUUCAGAAGGUUAAUUUGAAGAUUUUCUGAAAUAAGAACUUUUAUCAAUGAGUGUUAAAUAUUAUUUUUCCGGGAAUAAAAAAUGUGCCUGGCACUUUUCUCAAAGAUGAUGAUAAAACCUCAGAAAUAAAGUGUGAAGUUUUUUGCAAAAUUAAUAUGAAAUAAUUGAAAAUGAAUGUUUAAUUCUUAUUAUAAAUGUCUGAUAACAAGGGAACAAUAGAUAAAUCAAUUAUGGAACCCAUAGAACUUAAUAAUGUGGAAAACAACAAGGGUUCCAUUCAUCUGGCAAUAUCAUUCAGAAAAUUAUGUAUUGCUACCGCUUGUUUGCCGCUGGUUACUUUAUUGAUCUGUUUUGUCACAGCUUACAUCUUUCAACAAGACGACAUUCAUGAAACACAUUGCCGAGUUUAUAAUGUUCUGCCAUCAAUAUCUGCUAUCACAGGUGUUUCUCCGCAAAGAUAUUUGUGGCGUAUUACAAUUGCACUACAUAUUGGACCACGACUUGUUAUAGCCACUGUAUACCAUUCUUAUUAUCGAAAUAUUCUUCUUGCUCUUGAGCACCUGCCAGCUAAAAUUCUUGGAUGUCGGCUAUUAAAUUUGUGCUUUUGGUUAAAUCUCGUUGAAAUAGCCGCUCUUUGUGGGGUAACUUAUAUCUCUAACAGAGAAAAUUAUUAUGCCCAUGAAAAAAUUUUUAUUAUCUUUAUGGUCAGCUCUUUAACAUAUAUGUUAGCAGCGGUUAAAUUAGGUCGUUUAGUAACGCCAAACGCACAAAGUCUUCAUUAUAAAGAAAUACUUUUUACUACUAGUUUGGUCAGCACUGUUGGCCUUAUAAUAUUUUUUUUGAAACACCGAUUACUCUGCCAUGACCUAGCAUUCAGCUGGUUUUCACUAUGCGAAUAUAUUAUUGCAUCGGCAAACAUGGGAUUUCAUGUUACAGUAAUUUUGGAUUUUCCCAAGGAACAGUUGAUAGUUGGUCAUGGUUUACCUCUAACAAAGGUUGAUUAAAUCAGCUUUUUUAAUAAAUCAAUUUAUGAUAAUUAAAUUCAUCUUAAAGUGCCUACUGUCAUGAUGUUCGUUAUUAAAUGCCGAAAUUGUAUAUAUUGGUAUGCCAAUUUUGAAACCAAUGCUUCCACAAAAAGACACUGGGCACUUGAUGAAUGGAUAUUAAACGUGAUAAGGCCUUUUCUUGUUGUACCUCUUCAUAGAGAUUUAUAAUGAUAAAAGAGUGAAGAAAAUAUUUGAGCACACGCAAAUGGGUUAAACGUGAUGAACAAUCGAAAUUUCUCUAUAUGCAUAUUAUGCAGUUUUAUUGGGAUAUCAAUUAGGAUUAGGUUGUUGUAAAAAUUUUUCAAUGAAUUUACUAUCAACAUUUCCUUUUUUGUUUUUAAAUUGACUUAUUUUUUUUAAUCAUAUUUUGUUCAUAAAGCGUCACAUUAGGAUAAUUCAUUCAACUAAUAUGAUGAAUAUUUAUGAAUAUCAAAUAACAUGAACUAUAUUAAUUUAUCCUCAAGAUACAGAAAAUUAAUUUUUUCUUGCACAAUUAUGAAAAUAAAAUUUAAUUAUUAUUAACUAUGACAAAUAUUUUUAAGAAAUAAGAUAAGUAGUUUUCAUGAUUAAGAGAUAUUGCAAAAAAUAUCACAACAACCUAAUGACUCAUGAAUUGUAUAAGAGUUUUUGGCUAUUUAUUAGUGAAGGAAAAGCAUGUGCAGAAACCAUGUGUGCAAUGAGCCAUCUAGUCUAUAUUAUGCAGUCUAGUCGAUAUAAUGAAACUUUCAUUAUGAAUAAUUAUAAAUUAUCUCAAUUAAAAAUAUCUUUAGGGUACAAUUAUUAUAGCAAAUUAAGUAGAAAAAUAUUAAAAUAAAUUUAAUGAAGUAUUAAAAAAAUUGUAAUCAUGUGGAAACAGUUUUCAUAGAAAAGUAUGCUUUUUAAUUUGCUAUUUAUUUACUAUUUUUGAUGUCAAUUAUUUUUACUCAAGGAAAUGUAGCUGCUCUGUGAACACCAUAAAAGGGAAAAUUUAUACCCAGGAAAAAAUGAUUUAGUGUCGAUCUCUUUUCGAUCUUUAUGAGUAACAGCUACUUAGCGUAUUUCAAUAUAAUGGUUUAUAAUUGUAGUUCAAAAAAACAUUAUUUUUUUUUUUUUCCUUAAAAUACAAAUUAGUUUGCUAUUCAAUUUUAAGUGCACAUGAAUAUUACAAAAUAAUUACAUAGGAUUUUAUUCAAAACAAGUAUUUAAAAAACUCCACAAUAAAGUGUUUUAACAAAAUACAUUACAAAAUUAUUUUUGAAAAUAAUUUAUUCUUGAGUAUAUUAAAAUUAUUCUUGUGCGACUGAAGAUCUUUCUAUUUAUUUGUUGAUAAAGCAUUAUUGUAACUAAUGGACAAGGUUAUUUAUAAUAAGUAAAAUAUAUUGCAAUUAUGAGGAUAAAGUCGGAAUUUUAAGCAAAAAGUAAUAGAUUUAAUUAAUAAUAGUAUAGAUAAUUGCAAUUAAAUAAAUAGACUAUGUGUAAGCUGAAAGGUACAUUUAAGAUGUACAAUUUUAGAUGAAAAUAUUCCAUUUCAUCUGGAUCAAAUAGAAAUUCAGAAUCGAAGAAAUUUCACAUUUAAAUGCAGAUUUAUACAUACAUAACAAUAAUUGUAAUUAUAAUUUUAUAUGUAAAAUUUCGUCGAUUUAUAUAGAAGCUUUAAGAUUAUUUUUUGCUGCCAAUUGGUUUAGUUUUAACAUGUGUUGAUAGUUAAUAAGAACUUAAAUAACUUUUCUAUACUAAAUAUUAGCACUUUUAGUGCUUAUUUUGUGCCAAUCGAUUCAUUUUGAGUUGUUUUAUCGUUUAUAUUCUUUUAUUUAAUUUGUUGGAUUAGACUUUUUUUAUGAUUGUGAUUGGUAUUAUUUGCUUAAUCAUUUGAAAAUACUCGAAUGUAUCUAAUAGAAAUUUUCUCUGUCAUUAAAGUGCUAAAUUCAUUUAUUAUUUUAUGAUUCUAAUGUUUACUAUAAUUUUUAUGAUUACUAAAGUCUCUGCACUGUCUUAAAACGCUUUCAUGCACAAAAAAAAGCGAAAAUGAAACACAAAAAUGAUUAUUAAGGAUGCAUGAAUUAUACUGAUGAUCGUAUGUUAAAAAUAUUGGUGAGAUAAGAAAUGUGAAAGCAAAAUGACACAACACAUAUCUGUCAAAAAAAGACGUAACUGUAAACUGUAAAUUUACUAAUGCAUUUUUACCGUUUACUUGAAUAACAAAAGUUCAUACGUACAUAAUGUCUCACAAUGUUAAAUGUGUUCCAAUUAAUUUUAUAUCUCGAAUAAAUUUUUCAACAAAAUAAUAUUUUUUUAUAAUUAUUCUAAAAGAAAACGAAAUUUUUUUAUAUCAAAAGGUAUUUUAAUUCUACUUUCAUUUUUUUCAAUUUUAACAUAUAAACCUACCAAUCUUACUUGGGAUAUGCUACUUUAACCCAUUUACUGGGUCAAUUGAGCUUGUUUGACCUUAAUAAAGGCCAAAAAUAUGAAUGUGUGAAUUUUAUUUAUUAUAAAACGGAAUGGUGAUUGUCCGUGCGUAUGUAUGUACGUCAUGCAGAGUCAUGUAUUUCAUGAAAUUAAAGUAUGAUAAAUUAAUGAAAUUAGUUUUUAAAUAUUAAUUAAUAUGUUGAUAAAUAAUAACUAUAUUUAGUUGAAUAUUUCUAGUAAAUUGAUAUUUUCUAAAGAUUGCUUAUGAUAGGGGUUUAAUUUUAAAAGUUUAAGUACUUAAUAAUAAACGUAUAAUCCAUAUUACAGUUAAGAUUUUUCUUCACGUCAUUCUUGAUGCACAAUAAAUUUUUAAGAGUUAGAGACAACUCUACACGUAUUAAGAAAUGCAAUUAUUCGAGACGUUCGGAUAUAUACUUGUAUUACAAUACAAUUGUAAAAUAAAUUACAAAGACAAAA